UAUGUUCUACCAAAUCUUUGUUAAAGUAAUAUUUUUUGGAGUAGCAAAUAACAUGAUAAUGAACCCUAGCUACUCUUAAAUCGGGGCCAACUUUAACCCCUAACCAGGCUUACAAUUUUGACAAAUUUCACGUGUUGCGGGGAAGGCGUGUCUUGGAGAUAUAUAAAAUAUUAAGGGCUGAAGUAAGAUUAUUUAAAAGUUAGGGACUAAAAGAAAUAUUAAUAUACACCCCGUUCUACAUUGGAUCCGGAUUUUAUGCCCGAACCGAUUGAAGAGGACUAUCCAUUCCCCAAUGUGGAGAAGUUAAUACUGAAAAGUGGAUACUGGAUAGGCUUUUGGUAUUUGGGUAUUUUGUGGAUAACUCAGUCUUUCCACUCUCAAGCUCUAGCCUCUGGGCAACAAUGGCGAUCUCUUCCACACCUUCUUUCUCUUCAUCUGUUUUUAUCUCUACCCCACUCUCAAAAGCCCCUUCUAAGCUCAAAUUUAUGAAAUUCCCGAAGCUCCAAGUUUCUCGAUCUGCAUCCGUCCGUGCAGAACUCGCGACCCUCCCGGUCCUUUCUUUCGACGGCGAACAAGUGGGCUCCGCCACUCUCGACCUAAAGUCCGCCCCGAGCCACACCGCACGCGCGGUCGUCCACCGCGGUAUCACUACCGACCUCCGUAAUAAGCGCCGAGGCACCGCCUCCACCCUUACCCGCGGAGAGGUCCGCGGCGGCGGAAAGAAACCCUACCAGCAGAAGAAGACGGGUAAUGCGCGGCGUGGGUCUCAGCGUACUCCUCUCAGGCCCGGAGGUGGAGUCAUAUUCGGGCCCAAGCCCAAGGACUGGUCCGUCAAGAUCAACAAGAAGGAGAAGAGGCUUGCCAUUUCCACCGCCCUUUCUAGCGCGGCUAAGAAUUGCGUUGUUGUAGAAGAAUUCAAUGAAAAAUUCGAAACGCCCAAAACCAAAGAGUUCAUAGCAAUGAUGAAGAGGUUGGGUUUGGACCCGAAAGAGAAAUCCAUGUUCUUGAUGACAGAGAUGUCUGAUAAUGUUAUGCUGUCGAGCAGAAACCUUGGGAAAUUGAAGAUGCUAACGCCUCGGACUAUGAAUUUGUUCGACAUCUUAGACUCAGAGAAACUAGUGUUUACUAAAUCAGCUGUUGAAUUCUUGAAUCAGAGAUAUGGAAAUGAUAACAACUGGGAGAAUGAUAUCGAAUUUGAUGAAGAAGAUGAUGUGGAAGAUGAGGAAGGAGCUGAGACUGAUGAAAAUCCGGAUACUUUGGAGUGAUCUGCAACUAGUCAAAGACUUUAGCUUGGCAGACAUUCCAUUUAUUUUGAUCUGUUCAAUCGUUGUAGAGUGUGUUAGAAUUGUUAAUUGAUUAUUGAACAAUCAUUUGUAUGUAGUUAUCUACACUCACCUUUUGUCCUAUAGGCGAUAUGCACAUACCGCCUAUAGGGCAAAAUCUUUGUAGAUAUACCACAUGUGUUUUACAAUGAUACAUCGGUGUAUCAAUGGCUGCUUACUUUGUUUAGUCAUUUUGCUCUGGAUUUUCCAUGCUAAAUGAAUUCCUAGUGUAUUUUGUUGUAGUUUCUUUGUAUACUUCUACACUGAUCCAUAGCUUCACUUAGG